CGCGUCGCUGCUGUUGGUUGUCAGUGUACAGACAUGGCUGCCCUGAGUAAAAUACCACACAGCUGCUACGAGAUCGGUCAUACCUGGAGCCCGUCGUGUGCACAGUCCGCUGUGGAUGUAACUAGGGGUGCUCUGGAGGUCUCCUUCAAAAUAUACGCCCCUCUCUACCUGAUAGCAGCAGUUUUAAGGAGAAGGAAGAAGGACUACUAUUUAAAAAGGCUUCUCCCUGAGAUCCUGUGGUCUACCUCUUUCCUCACUGCCAAUGGAGGUCUCUACAUUGUUUUCUUCUGCAUCCUCAGGAAACUGUUGGGAGGGUUCUACUCCUGGUCUGCUGGGUUUGGCUCGGCACUGCCUGCCUCUUAUAUUGCCAUCCUCUUGGAGCGCAAAAGCCGGAGAGGGCUGCUGACAAUAUACAUGACAAAUCUUGCCACUGAGACUUUGUUCCGCAUGGCCGUGACACGGGGCAUCAUCAAACCCAUCAAACAUGGCGAGGUGCUCUUGUUCUGCAUAACUGCAUCACUCUACAUGUUCUUCUUCAGGAGUAAAGAUGGUCUCAAAGGCUUUGCAUUCUCUGCAUUAAAGUUCAUCAUUGGGAAAGAAGAGAUUCCAACUCACUCUGGUACGGCAGAACACGUCUGCACAAGGCCCCAUGAGAGGAUAGCUGCUGCAGAGACUGAGGAUUCACAGGAGUCAGCAGAAAGGCCCAGCUCCAGGAGGAAAACUCUUGUAGCCUACACCAGGGAGCUGCUAGAAUCACUAUGCAAACGGGGUCCAAGACACAGAUGUUGUAAACAUCACCAAGACAACUGCAUUUCGUACUGUGUUAAAGGUUUUGUCAGGAUGUUCAGUGUUGGCUACCUGAUUCAGUGUUGUCUUAAAGUGCCCUCAGCGUUCAGGCAGAUGUUCUCCAAACCCUCACGACUCCCCUCCCUCUUCUACAACAAAGAGAACUUCCAGCUAGGGGCAUUUCUGGGAUCCUUUGUCAGUAUCUACAAGGGAACAAGCUGCUUGCUGCGCUGGGUGCGUAACAUUGAUGAUGAACUCCAUGCACUGAUAGCUGGCUUCCUGGCUGGUAUUUCCAUGUUCUUCUACAAAAGCACAUCAAUAUCCAUGUAUCUCUUCUCUAAGCUGGUGGAGACCAUGUACUUCAAGGGCAUUGAGGCUGGCCGGUUCCCGUACUUUCCUCAUGCAGACACUGUCCUAUAUGCCAUCUCCACUGCUAUCUGUUUCCAAGCUGCUGUGAUGGAAGUGCAGAACCUCAGGCCUUCAUACUGGAAGUUCCUGCUGCGUUUAACUAAGGGCAGGUUUGCUCUGAUGAACCGACAGUUGCUAGAUGUGUUUGGGACUCAGGCCUCCAGGGACUUUAAAGGCUUUGUGCCCAAACUGGACCCUCGCUUCACCACUGUGCUUCCACCAGGAGCCGACAUCCAACUCGGAUGACUUGGGACCAAGCUCUGGGAGGGGCUUUAGGUUUACCUGAACAGGAAAUGGACAAUUUCCCUGUUCUGUCUGAGUAACUAAAGGAUUUUUUUUAAAGGUGUUGAAACAGCUCAGAAGUGGUAAUGUUGUUUUAAAAGACGGGAUAUGCUUUGAAGGAUGUAAAAGCUCAAGAUCCGUGCAAAGCAUGGUCUCUUGAGAAUUAAGUGUGGUGUUUCACAAGCACUUACUGUUUGGGCCUGUAUGUAUACAGGUAACUGGUGAAAUAAAUGAAAUGCAUAAUUUUGUUAAAUUGACAUUGAAAUUAAAAUUGACAAGUAUAUUAAUAUUUUUAAGUCCUAAUGAAACUCUCAAUCGCACAGGACAAAUAAUAAUAAGAAAGCCACAUUCAUUUCUAUUUUGUCAAGUUGUCAAUUUGCAUUUGGCAGGAUCACAUUAACCUGUUCUACCAGGUAUGUAAACCCCAAAAUUGGUUUAUUGGAAAAUAAAAAUGACUUCGCUUAGGAUGCAACAGCACUGCUUUUAUCCUUUAAUUGUAAUGUUUCUUCAUUUUGCGAGUUACCUGUUAGUUGGUACUGACUGAUUUUGACGAAUCUCUGAAAGUGUACCUUCUCAAGACCAUGGGUGCAACUGAUGAGAUAUAAAAUUAUGUAGCCUUAUCAAAUAUUUUACUUUGUAGUAGAAUAUGGAAGAUGAAUUUAGAUGUGUUAUAUGACGUGAAACACAAAGGUGGAAAGUCAACAUGUUUAAGCAGUUACUUAAAUUAAUUUUAUUUUUCAAAGCUUAAUUGAUUUUUUUUUUUUUUAUUGGGUUGUGCUUUUUUUUGUUUGUUUUCUUUUUAAAUUUCUAUUCACUCUUAUUUUUUUGCAACUGCACUUGACAGUAGUGAUUUCAAUUGAGUCAUCUUUAAAGAUAAUUAAAGAGAGCAUGGAGGGCUGUGCCAAAUUUGGAAGUUAAUUUUGUGGACAAAAUGUUUUUGUUGGUGAGACUUUAUUUUACUGUUAUUACAACUCAUUAACUGGAAAAAAAUUACAAGUGAUUUCACCUUGAAGACAUAAAUUGACAGUAAAGGCAGGCAGGAAAUCGGUGAAUGUAUUAACAGUUCAUACAGAGCACUAACCUGAUUACUUCAAAACCUUUAUUUACAGUUAGAAGGUUUUCAGUAAUCACAUUUCUCAUACACUGUAUUUUCAAAAAGAGAUUGAUUUAUUUUAGAAGUAUUAAAAAUGAAACAGUCAGAUGUUAGGCCACAGCCUGAAGAGAUUAUUUGGUCCCAGGACUUUGAACUGUGCAAACUAACUCAUUUAGAUACAUUAUUUUCAUUUCAUAUUUAGUCUGACUUGGUUUGAAUUAUUUUGGUUACAUGGACGUGCAGCUACAAGUAAUGAAUAUUCUUUUACUCCCACUGCCAUGCUGUUACAGUGAUACUCCUGUAGUCUGGCACAUGGUUGAAAUCAGAUAGUUGGUUUCUCCUCUGCCCAUUUUACAGUAAAAUACAUAUGUACUCAGUAUUUAAAGCAAAAACUGCUUAAAUGUCAUGAGAAAGGACUUGAUAAGAGAAUAGGCCCAUACGUUUAGAAACAGCCUUUGACAAAUGUAUCACAUGGAUUACAUCAUUGUAAAAAAAAAAAAAAAAACUAAAGAGCCAAGACUUUGACAUAUGUUGUGAGCUGGUCAAAUGACAAUGCAUUGGAGACAUUUGCAGAUCCAUAUAAUUCAAAGUUUAUUUAAUUUGCAAAUGGUCUUUAAAACCAAAGUUCUAAACCACAAAAUCAAUUGUCCACCCAAAUUUCAAAAAAGUCAAAGCUUCAGUCAACCUGAGCUAUUAUUUUCAAUUUAUUCUCUGGAGGUGUUUGGGUUGGAAAUGACUUAUUACUUUAUGUUAAAUAUUCACUAAUCUUGGCCAAUCCCAAACACAGGAUGAUUUAAAUGUUAUUUCGGUUGAGCUAUUCAAAUAUAAAGAAAAUUGUAUCGGCGCUUUGCAUUUUAAUGAAUGCUUUUGGCAAUUCCAAGGUGAACUCUAUUGCUUACAAUCAACAUUGAUUUAAACAUUGUUUAGGAAUUUGGUACCACAUCGAUGCGUUUGCCUGAAGGUUAUAAGAAAAAUGUUUCUGUGAAUAAAAAGCGCAUAGCUCUAUCUGCUUUUGUUUUUGAUUUUUUUUUUUCUUUUUUAAUAAGGAUGUCUGCCAAAAAGAUGAUUUGAGUUUUAAACCUUUCAUGUUCUCUGGAAAGUGUGAGUUAGACCUUUUUUUUUUUUU